AAGCCUGUAAUAGCUAGGUCGCUAGCCAGCUGUUUUAAUUCUGGUGGAAUUACCGUGGUGACACGUUGUUAAACAGCAUAACGCCAAUUAAUUCGUUUAAUAAGGACAGAGACGACACAAAAGCCACAGCCGAGGAAUAACAUACACUUUCAAGUCACCAAGUCAUAUUACUAUGGAGGAGCCAGAAAAUAAUACUAUAGAUGUUACUGUUAAGACUCUGGACUCACAGAGCCGAAGUUAUACUGUGAGAUCUCAGAUCACAGUGAAAGACUUCAAAGAGCAUAUAGCUCCAUCAGUUGGAAUACCUGUUGAUAAACAGAGACUUAUCUACCAGGGAAGAGUUCUUCAGGAUGACAAAACUCUGGCAGAAUACAAUGUAAAUGGUAAAGUCAUCCACCUGGUGGAGCGAGCCCCACCUCAGACCACCCAGUCAGGUUCUGGUUCAGGUGGAGUACCUGGGACUUCAGGAAGCUCACAGGCAGAAAAUGGCACAACCUCUCAGGGCGUAUCUCACGGAGCCACACAUGAUCGCAACGCCAACAGCUAUGUCAUGCUCGGGACCCUCAAUCUCCCAGUGAACAUCAUGGACCCCCAGCAAAUUCAGAUGUCGAUACAGCAGAUAAUGGCAGGUCUGGGAGAGGGUGUCAGGAAUGCACGAGUCAGCAGCACUAAUGGGAGCAAUGGCUCAGUAAACGUGCAUGUUGAUGUGGAUCAGUCUCUGCAGAGUGAACCCAGGCUGCGGCUGAUCAUGGCUGAGAAUCUGCUGAGGGACACCAUUGCGCUGAUUCAGAGACUGGAGGGUCAGCCUGUGGAUGGCUCCUCGCCUCCAGCGGACUCUGCCGCUGCUGCUUCAGCCACUUCCACACCUUCUCCUCCUGUCCAGCCAAUGGAUACUUCUCCUCCUCCAACCAGCUCCCCUCCAUCAUCCUCUAGCUCCACUCAGACUGAUGGAGCACCUCCUCCUUCGUCAGGCCACAAUCACCCAAGUCCUGCAGAGCUGGUAGAGAUGUUGGGAGAGCUGAGGAGAGUGGAAGAGAGGCUUCAGCCAUUCAUCCAAAGAGCUCACUCCAUCCUGGAAGCAGCCACCACCGCUGACUACAACAAUAAUACCCAGGAAAGAGAGGAGGAUCAGCAUGUCCUGAACCUGGUGGGAGAGGCUCUUCGGCUUUUAGGAAAUGCUUUGGUCGCAUUAAGUGAUUUGCGCUGUAAUCUGUUGAGCGCUCCUCCCCGUCACCUGCAUGUGAUCCGACCCUUCUCUCACUACACUUCCUCCGUUUUACCACCAGGUGGAGUACAUCACAUGCCCAUUCAGGUUAAUCUGGGAACCACAGUGACCAUGUCAGCCAAUGGCAGACCAACAGCUGAGAGUCAACCUCAAUCUGCUGAUCAAUCAGAGCAGCAAGGGCAGGAACAGACGCCCACCCAACAGCCAGGUAUGGGCACUCAGCAGAGGGGACAGUCAGGGCCCAGAGUGAUUCGCAUAAGCCAUCAAACCGUGGAGCCAGUGGUGAUGAUGCAGAUUAACAUUGAUGAAAAUGGAGGCAAUGCUCAGACUCCUGGACAGCAACAUACUGCUGGAACUGGACAGCCUGGUGCCGCUCCUAAUGUACAGAUUCCUGGUCUACCUCCAGAGUUCAUGCAGACCAUCAUGAACCAAGUUACCCAGCAAGCCAUGGCUAUGGCAAAUGCUGCUGCUGCUUCUACUGCUGCUGGUCAACAGGGACAACAAACACCCAGUCCUGGCACAGGUUCAACGGGCACAGGUUCAACGGGCACAGGUUCAACGGGCACAGGUUCAACGGGCACAGGUCCAACUGGCACAGGUCCAACUGGCACAGGUCCGUUCAGCACAGGCCCUGUUCCUCCCCCUCCUAUGCCCCCUCACCCUCCUCAGGCUAGAGUAGUAUUUACUCUGCCUCCCUUUGCCCACCGUAUGGCAAACCCGUCCUUCACCACAAGAGGCACCGGCAGUAACCUGAGAUUUGCUGUUCCUCCAACAAUGGGCCCGCAGCCUGGCCAGGUUCCACCUGUGAAUCCAGCUGUUCUUAAUCAGAUGAUUAGUGGACUGGUAGGCCAAAUUUUGACUGGGGUUUCAGGCCAUACAACCAGCGAAGCCACCACAUCAUCUUCUCCUCACACGUUUACGUUCUCCACCUCAUCUUCCUCUUCAUCCUCCAGCUCAUCCUCAUCCUCCACCUCAUCCUCCACUUCAUCCUCCUCCUCUACUUUUUCACCAACAUUCCAAACUGCCACUAGUGCCUCAGGACCCACACAGUCCACAAACACUGCUGCUAGUGCUGCUCCUCCACCUGGACCGACCCCUGCACCUCCUCAGGCAGCUCCUUUUGGAGGAAACUUGGAACAGCUCCUGGGCUCUGUCCUGGGAGGAGGGAUUUCUGCUUCUGGUCAGGCUUCAGGAGCAAAUCCUUCUGUCACUGUGACCAUGCCUGGAAUACCUGCCUUCAUUCAGGGGGUCACUGACUUUCUACAGCAGGCCUCCCAACAGACCCACUCUCAGCCUACAAGUCAGCCUUCCGGCCCCACGCCUACACCUCCAGCAGGUGAACAACAGCCACAGUCAGCAGGGAAUGCACCUGAGGAAGUCCUGAACACAGAGCUUUUUACUGGAAUAGUGCAGGGGGUUCUGUCCACCAUGAUGGGCUCUCUAGGUGCCCCUCAGGGCAAUACAGAAAGCAUCGCUCAGUUCAUUCAGAGACUCUCCCAAACCAGCAACAUUUUUACCCCCAGUUCAGGAGAAGCUAUGGGUUUCUUUGGAGAACUUUUGACUCUCAUUUGUCAGAACUUCUCCAUGGUGGACAUGGUGCUGCUGCUUCAUGGUCAGGCUCAGCCUCUAAGCCGUAUCCAACCACAGCUGUCCCAGUUCUUCAUAGAACACUACCUGCAGGGCAGAGGGCCCACAGAAUCCAACAUUAAUGCAGCGGCUGAUGAGUUAGUAAGAGAACUCGAGGGAUACAUCACAGAGAGUUUUUCAACAGUCACAGUUCGAGAUGGGGUCGACAUCACCCAGACAAACCGAAUGUUUUUAAGACAGCAACUUGCAACCCUAGCCAGUCACAUUCUGCAGUGCACAGACCACACGUUUGGACCUUGUUUGCUGCAACUGUGCAACCAGGCUCUAUUUGAAUGCUUGGCCCUCAAUAUGUUCUGUCUGAGAGGAGAGCAGAGUGCCCUUACUGCAGUCAUUAACAACCGCAUUAGGACCAUGUCUGCAGAGGUAAACCCCAGUGUAGUGAGCUGGUUGACUAGUAUGAUGACUAUGAGACUGCAGGUCAUUCUGGAGCACAUCCCAGUUACAGAGGAGCAAAUCCUUCAUUACAUUGUCCACACUCAGGGUGAAGAGGCAAGAGAGGCACCCAUACGUGAAUCAGAACCUCAUCCUGUGGAGAUGGAUGACAGUCUCUCUCCAGUCCCAGCAACUACAGCAGAGGAGGCCAUGGAAAGCUCCCAAGAAGCAGAGGCAGUUGGAUGUUCUGCUGGAGAGACAGUGGGAGCAGUAGGUGGUGCGGAGCCAGGAGAAGGUGCGGAGCCAGGAGAAGAAGCUGAGGCUUGGGCAGCUGCGUUACCUCCUGAAUGGGUGCCCAUUAUCAGACAGGAUCUGGUAACCCAGAGGAAAAUAAAGACUCAGCCUCCUAUGUCUGAUGCCUAUUUGCAAGGGAUGCCUGCAAAACGUAGAAAGACAGCACAAUGUGAAGGCCCCAGACUCACUCUCUCUGAGGCAGUAAGCCAGGCUGCAAGGGCAGUCGGUGUUACUCCAGUCACGUCAACCAGUGCCUUACAGGAAGACCUUGAGACACCAGAGCUUCAGGAGGCAUACACACAACAGGUGAAAGAGGACAUUAAGAAGCGAGUAAGAGACGACCCUGACUACAGUUCUAGAAGAUUUCCCAACACACACACAGCCAUUUCACCAGACUCCUAACUAACCUGCGUGCUUCCACCCUAUGCUUCCCUGUGUCACAUGUGUACGCUUAUUUCUGUUGGGUUUUUUUAAUGAUUUAAAUAAAAAAGCGACACUUGAUGUAAUCAGAAGAUUUUACGCUGUUUUCAGGAUGCUUCCUUUUCAGGUGUUAAAUUAUUACCAGUGCAUUGUGGACUGUCCAGGUGAAGUCAUGGUACCAUUUUGCUGCUUCUAACUAGAAAUGCAUGGCUAAAGUCGAAAAGAAUUAAAAAGGAAACAGAAUGUUCCAAAAGCCACAGUCAUAGAUGAGUGUGUAUAAAGGUAAGGAUGGUCAUGGAACGUGUAUGGGAUGUGUUAACGAGCCUGACACAAUGCUGAUUGAAAUACUUUUUAAUCCCUUCAUUAUCAGCACACAAAUGAAAUAAUUCUUUAUUCUGUAUUCUGUGCCAAGAUCAUGAUUCAUGUCUGUUUUAUGCAUUUGUUACAGUAUCAUGUAAUGACCUAAUGAGAACAAACAUUACUGAAUCUAGUGUUCAGAGAAGUUUUCUUUCUGAUGUGGGUAAAGCUUUCGUUUUUGUUUAGUUGUUUGUUUAAGAUUGCAAAUCUGAUGAUAAUUGAUGACUAAGACGAAAUUUUAAUUGAAGGGCUUUUUAUUACUCUUCAGCUUGCUGUGUAAUUUAUAGAACCGACAGUACGACUAUAAAACAUACAAUUAAACAACUUGGCAACAGACUAAAAUGUUAUUCUUCAUUUAUAAAUUCAUUUCUGUCAUUGCUGGUUUUUGUUAAUAAUAAGCAAAUAAUUUAUUGACUUAUGAUAGUCAUUUAAAUAAUGUGCUAUAAGUAAGAUUACAUCAAUGUAUUUUGCCUAUGUUGCAACAUCUAUCAGCUACAGACUGCUCUAAAGCCACCAGGAAUAGGAGUCUCGAGACCCUUUAAAAUUAAAAACUGCAAAUACUG